AUGAGUCGUAGAAGCCCUCGUACACUUUAUGUUACCGGUUUUCGAGAUGGACUCCGUGCUCGUGAACUUGCUUACGAGUUUGAGCCAUUUGGCCCAUUAGUUCGUUGUGAUAUUCCUAUUCCUCGAACUCGCUCUUCUAGACCUUUUGCAUUCGUAGAAUACGAAGACUCCCGGGAUGCUGAAGAUGCUUAUUAUGAAGUUCACGGUCGUCGCCUCGAACGCGGUGGUGGAACUCUGCGUGUUGAAUGGGCCAAGCAGCCUCCUCCUCCAUCCGGCGGCCCUGUCCGCCGUACUACUACCCCUGGUAGAAGAGAUCGUGGUGGCCGUGUACGUGGUCCUGAACGCGGUGAACGUGGCCGUCUUGGUACCCGUUCUCCUUCCCCCGGUGGUGACCGCUCUCCUUCUCCCAGACGUUCAAUGAGCCCCCGUUACCGUUCACGUAGUAGAAGCCCUGAUCGCCGCGAUCGCUCUCCUAGUUACGAGCGUGGCCGUGAGUCUCCAUACUAUCGUUCAACCUCUCCUCGCCGUAGUCCCCAUCCUGAUGAAGUUGAAUAUCGUCGUACCAGUGCCUCUCCCCGUGACAGCGCUCCUAAUGAUCUUCAAGCUGCUCAGCCUCCCAGCGAAGCUUCCACUUUUGCUCAGGCUGCCCCUGCAGAGGAGCAUAAGGACUACACUGCUCCUUCCACCGACCAAAACCCCGUAGAGCAAUCCUCUGAACAGCAGCCUGAACAACAGCCUGAACAACAACAUUCACCCCAGCAAACAGAAAAACCAGCUGAGUUUGAGGCUCCUUCAGCCGAGCCCGCUCAAACCAAUGCUGAAUCAACUGAAGCUGUCGAACCUGCUCAACCCACUGAACCCACAGCCGAUAGCGAACGUCAAGAGUAA